AGCAGAAAGACCAUCAUCCACUCAGCAACUCCUUCGCUUCUUGUCCUCCAUCUUGAAGAAAAGGACUUGAUAACCAUGAAGGUCCUCAUCCUUGCCUGCUUGGUGGCUCUUGCUCUUGCAAAGGAGACUGUAGAAAGCCUUUCAAGCAGUGAGGAAUCUGUUACACAUGACAAGCAGAAAAUCGAGAAGGUUAAACAUCUGGAACAGAAGCAAAGAGAGAAUGAACGCCAGGAAAAACUUAACCCCUUUAUCCAGCAGCAACAGCCUCUAGUCUACCCAUUUGCUGAGCCCAUCCCUUACACUAUCCUUCCACAAAACAUCCUGCCUCCUCUUGCUCAGCCUGCUGUGGUGCCCACUUUCCUUCAGCCUGAAGUAAUGCAAGUCUCCAAAUCUAAACAGACCGCCUUUCCCAAGCACAAAGUGAUGCCCUUCCUUAAGUCUCCAGUGAUGCCCUCUUUCGACCCUCAAAACCCAAAUCUCAAAAAUCAGGCCCUUGCUCUGUCUCUGCUCCAGCCCUUGAUGCCCCAGGUUCCUCAGCCUAUUCCUCAGACUUCCGUGCUUCCCCCUCAGUCCCUGUGGGCUCCUCUUCAGCCCAAAGCCCUGCCUAUUCCCCAGCAAGUGGUGCCCUACCCCCAGAGAGCUAUGCCCCUCCAAGCCCUCCUGCUCUACCAAAACCCCACCGCCCGCCAGUUCUACCCUGCGACUCAACAGCCACUUGCUCCAGCCCACAACCCCGUUAUUGUAAGUGCAAAUUUAUGUACUUUGCUGUUUCGCUCAUAA